AUGUCAAUCGGCUACGUUGCUUCAGCAUGGGGCAAGAGCAAACAGGAAUUCUUCCACUUCGAGCCAAAUAAUGGAACUGUAGGUGUGAGGAGCACGAUUGGAGCUUUACUCGUGACAAUAACAGGUAUGAGGGAGCACGACUGGAGCUCAACUUAUGAUGGUAGUAAUGUGCUACUAGCCAAAAGUGGUGACGAGCUCUCAAGUGAUGAAAUAAGUGAAACAAGUGACAAUGACGUGGAAGAACGAGAGGUUGAAGGUGUGCUCCAUGAAAGGAUAGUACCCAAGACUCAAAAAAACAAAAUCAUUGAGCUAAUGCAUGACGAUGACAUAAGAGCUCACCCAGGAAGGGACAAGACAUAUUGUGAGGAAUGUCAGCUAAAGAAAAGUAGUGUGCGGAAGUGUGUGGUUGUCAAGCGAAUCGUCUCGAACAGCAUGAAUUCUCGAGCUCAGGUUGACUUGAUUGAUAUGCAGAGUCAACCAGAUGGGAAGUACCGUUUCAUUUUCAAUUACCAGGAUCACUUGACCAAGAUGAUAUGCCUUCGAGCCCUACAGACUAAGACUGCCGAGGAGGUAGCUUUUCACCUGGUUGACAUUUUCCGUGGCACACCUAUUCUUCAAUCUGACAAUGGAAGAGAAUUUUCAAAUAAGGUAAUCAAGGAAGUUCUGGCUAUGUGGCCAGAAUGUAAGCUAGUUCAUGGGUGGGAAACCAAGAUAUUCUCAAUCACACAGGGUUCCGUGGAACGAGCAAACAGAGAUGUUGAAGCAAUACUCGCUUGCUGGAUGAAAAAUAACAACACUACACAAUGGUCAAAUGGAUUGCGCUUUGUUCAGUGGCAGAAAAACACGCGCUUUCAUUCUGGAAUUGGCAGGACACCUUAUGAAGCCAUGUACGGAGAAAAGGCUCAUCUUGGUAUUUCUGCUGUCAACAUACCAGAAGAAAUAAUGGAAGGCAUGGAGACAGAGGAGCAGCUUGCAGAAGCACUUUGUUUACUUAAUGAAGAAGAUCAAAAUGUAGAACAGGGGAGAAGUGCUGAAAGUUGUGCCAUAAAUUGCAACUCGUGA